AUGAAACCUGCUGUGGGUCUUGUGCUCACAGCAAUUGUCCUCAACUGUGUCGGUGCUACCACUUUUUUCGCGGAUUUCAAUUCUGGAGAAUCAGAGGAUGGCUCAGCCUGGGAAACUGGCUCAGCUGGCGUUACGCCGACUGUAGACUCUAAGGAAUUAUUGUGGGACUUUAGCUGGGAGGUGUUGGGCUCAAGUGAGACUUCUAGCAGCGAUGACUGCUGCAACGAGAUUUGUACGACGGACUACGAACCCGUCUGUGCUUCGGACGGUGUCACGUACGCGAAUUAUUGUGCAUUUAGCAAUGCUCAGUGCAAAACCAUCGAUCUGACUUUGUUGGCACUAGGUGAAUGUGCGGGUGGGGCUUUGUCUGAUGAAGAUGAAACAGACAGUACUGCUUCACUUUGCCCUGACGUAUGUCGCGAUAUAUAUGACCCCGUUAGCGAUGAAAAUGGCACGAUUUACACAAACGACUGCUUUAUGCAAAUGGCCCAAUGCAAUGACACGAAGGAAGACGUGGAUAUUCAAGUAGAGUACAAGAAGCUGUAUAUGCGAUUAUUUAAGGCUCUUUUCCAUGGCGAUAGCACCGACGAUGAUUCCUUUAGUGAAGAGAGUCUUAGCUCAUCAGCGGUGGCCAUAACUUCCACGAAGAGCACGACGGCUGGAAUGUUACGGACAACGGAGACAUCGUCGGCCAGUGAUAGUGAUAUUGGUAGUCUUUAUGAAGACGAAUCUAAUGACAACAUUGGCAGCGGCAGUUCAUCGCCCACCACGAAGUGCAAAAAUACCUGUCUCGAUAUUUACUCGCCGGUUUGUGGCUCCGACGGUGUCUCCUACAUAAAUGUGUGCCAGCUGGAGCUUGCAGCCUGCAAGAACCCGAAACUUAAUAUUGUCCGAACAAAUGAGGAUAAUUGUGCCGAUUCUGAGCCUACCAUCGCGCAGGAUGAAAUAGUGUCUGAAAAAAUACCGUUUAACGCCACAAAGACCGCUUUGAUGGCUGAAAGUAUGUAG